AUGACAGCGCUGAUGCUCGCAGCCGGCAAUGGUCACUUGGAGGUUUUGCGUUUGCUGCUUGCAGCUGGUGCUGCUGAAGACACUUGGUCACACUACGACGGCAAGAACGCCCUGAUGCUCGCAGCCGACAAAGGUCACUUGGAGGUUUUGCGUUUACUGCUUGAAGCUGGUGCUGCUAAAGACACCUGGUCACACUACGACGGCAAGAACGCCCUGAUGCUCGCAGCCAGCAAUGGUCACUUGGAGGUUUUGCGUGUGCUGCUUGAAGCUGGUGCUGACAAAGAUCCCUGGUCACACUACGACGGCAGGAACACCCUGAUGCUCGCAGCCGACGAAGGUCACUUGCAGGUUGCAGGCUUGCUGCUUGAAGCGAGAGCUGACAAAGAUUGCUGUGACGAUGACGGCAUGACAGCGCUGAUGCUCGCAGCCGACAAUGGUCACUUGGAGAUUUUGCGUUUGCUGCUUGAAGCUGGUGCUGCUAAAGACACCUGGUCACACUACGACGGCAAGAACGCCCUGAUGCUCGCAGCCAGCAAUGGUCACUUGGAGGUUUUGCGUGUGCUGCUUGAAGCUGGUGCUGAAAAAGAUGCCUGGUCACACUACGACGGCAGGAACGCCCUGAUGCUCGCAGCCGACGAAGGUCACUUGCAGGUUGCACGCUUGCUGCUUGAAGCGAGUGCUGACAAAGAUUGCGGUGACAAUAACGGCAUGACAGCCCUGAUGCUCACAGCCGACAACGGUCAUUUGGAGGUUGCACGCUUGCUGCUUGAAGCGGGUGCUGAUAAAAAUUGCUGCGACGAUGACGGCAUGACAGCGCUGUUGCUCGCAGCCGACAAGGGCCACUUGGAGGUUGCGCAUUUGCUGCGAGUCAAACGGCGCUGCCAGCGAAGGUGGAUGGCUUGA